GAUUGGACACUUCACACAUGUAUUCGUGGAUGAAGCAGGCCAGGCGAGUGAGCCCGAAUGUCUAAUCCCUCUGGGGCUGGUUUCUGAAACCAGCGGGCAGGUUGUACUUUCGGGUGAUCCAAUGCAGCUAGGCCCAAUCAUAAAAUCUAAGCUUGCUGCAGUUUAUGGAUUAAACGUUUCCCUGAUGGAGAGACUGAUGUCUCGGCCUCUGUAUUUGAGAGAUGAGGAUGCUUUUGGUGCUUGUGGGUCAUAUAAUCCUCUAUUGGUUACCAAACUAGUGAAGAAUUACAGGUCUCAUGCUAGACUGCUUGCAUUGCCAUCUAAGCUCUUUUACCACAAGGAGCUAGAAGUCUGUGCUGAUCCUUCAGUUACAAACUCAUUGUUGGGGUGGGAGAAGUUGCCAAGGAAAGGUUUUCCACUAAUUUUUCAUGGAAUGAGGGGCAAUGAAAUGCGUGAAGGCCACAACCCCUCUUGGUUCAAUCCUACAGAAGCAGUUCAGAUAGUACGUUAUUGUUGCCUUCUUGCCAAAAGGAUCAGCCACACAGUGUUAGAAAAAGACAUUGGAGUAAUUACACCUUAUCGUAAGCAGGUGGAAAAAAUCAGACUUCUCUUGCGCAGUGUAGAUCUGACGGAAAUCAAAGUGGGAUCUAUAGAGGAGUUUCAAGGGCAGGAGUUCCUAGUGAUCCUCAUAUCAACAGUCCGCUCAAAUGAAAGCUCAUUCAAAGAGGACAGACACUUUUUGGGCUUCCUUACUAAUCCAAAGCGUUUUAAUGUGGCAAUUACCAGAGCCAAGGCACUGCUGAUUAUAGUAGGAAAUCCUCAUGUGCUUGCCAAAGAUCCUUGCUUUAAUGCUUUCUUGGACUACAGUUUAUCCAAUGGAGUUUACAUUGGCUGUGACUUGCCACAGGAGCUGCAAAGUUUAAAACAGUGAAUGCCUUUCAGCAUUGUUGGACAAGGUAGAAGUGAGACUGGAUAAAUCAGCAGUGGCUCCUGUUCUCUACAUCCCUUUUUAAAGGGUGUAAUGGGAAAGAAGAGGAUCCAGGACAAUUUUCAUUCCCCCCCCCCUUCCUUUCUUUUUUAAAUCC